AUGCAGGGAGCUAAAGAGGUCAAACCUCAACAUCCUUGCCAAGGACAGCCGGUGGCAGGACCGCUUGGUCUCUUCUCUUUUGAUCCUGCGGUCACCAAGGACUUUGUCCGAUCCUUCCUAUCCACUCUCCCUCCAAUAUCCUUUCCUCCAAGGACAAAAGGUCCUGGGAUUCUUUCACGAAGUCCGGUCAUCAUUGGGAGGAAUGCUCGCAGUUCCAAAAAUCUAGAUAAGAAGGAAUGGAAAGGUAUGUUAGGGGGUUUCCAAAAAUACGAAUGUAUGUUAAGAUGGUGGACUGGAAGGCAGCUUAGCUGGAAGAGCGACUGCAGGUUUUUUACUCAGAGGGGCUCCUUGGCCAUUGGGUCAGGCGAGGUCAGCCCGGGAUGGAUGGAAAUAACUUUUUACUCCGAGGAGAACUUGGGAUUAGCAAUGGUUGAGGUUCGCAAGGGUUCUAAAUUGGAUCCCGGUUUGACGCAGCAGCGAUUCGUCAAAUUGAAGUUACCAACAAACCUCGGUUCCAACUUCAACUGCGGCUUACCAACUCCGCUAAUUGUGGAGAUUUGUAACUCCAGGCAGGAAAAAAAAGAAGUCUGA